AUUUUUUUCCUCUCACCCCCCCCUUCAGGAGCGGUUGUGCGAUCAGAUCGAUCUAAGAUGGCGACUGUGGAACCGGAAACCACCCCUACUCCUAAUCCCCCGCCUACAGAAGAAGAGAAAACAGAAUCUAAUCAGGAGGUUGCUAACCCAGAACACUAUAUUAAACAUCCUUUACAGAACAGAUGGGCACUCUGGUUUUUUAAAAAUGAUAAAAGCAAAACUUGGCAAGCAAACCUUCGGCUGAUCUCUAAGUUUGAUACUGUUGAAGACUUUUGGGCUCUGUACAACCACAUCCAGUUGUCUAGUAAUUUAAUGCCUGGCUGUGACUACUCACUUUUUAAGGAUGGUAUUGAGCCAAUGUGGGAAGAUGAGAAAAACAAACGAGGAGGACGAUGGCUAAUUACGUUGAACAAGCAGCAGAGACGAAGUGACCUGGAUCGCUUUUGGCUAGAGACACUGCUGUGCCUUAUUGGAGAAUCUUUUGAUGACUACAGUGAUGAUGUAUGUGGAGCUGUUGUUAAUGUUAGAGCUAAAGGUGAUAAGAUAGCAAUAUGGACUACUGAAUGUGAAAACAGAGAGGCUGUUACACAUAUAGGGAGGGUAUACAAGGAAAGGUUAGGACUUUCUCCAAAGAUAGUGAUUGGUUAUCAGUCCCAUGCAGACACAGCUACUAAGAGCGGCUCCACCACUAAAAAUAGGUUUGUUGUUUAAGAAGACACCUUCUGAGUAUUCUCAUAGGAGACUGCGUCAAGCAAUCGAGAUUUGGGAGCUGAACCAAAGCCUCUUCAAAAGCAGAGUGGACUGCAUUUAAAUUUGAUUUCCAUCUAAAUGUUGCUAAGAUAUAAGAGAAGUCUCAUUCGCCUUUGUCUUGUACUUCUGUGUUCAUUUUUUUUUUUUUUUUUUUUUAAUUUUGGCUAGAGUGUCCACUAUCCCAAUCAAAGAAUUACAGUACACAUCAUCCCCAGAAUCCAUAAGUGUGUUCCUGGCCCACUCUGUAAUAGCUUAGUAGAAUUACCAUUACAAACACAUUUUACCUAUCCACAAUAUUCAAAAAAGAACUUGCAUUUCUAUACCUUACAGGAAAAAAAUUUUGUGUUCCAUUGUAUGCAGGAGCAUAUUUUGCUGGUUUGAAAGAGUAUGAUGCAUACAGUUUCUAGCAAUUUUCUUUGUUUCUUUUUACAGCAUUGUCUUUGCUGUACUCUUGCUGAUGGCUGCUAGAUUUUAAUUUAUUUGUUUCCCUACUUGAUAACAUUAGUGAUUCUGAUUUCAGUUUUUCAUUUGUUUUGCUUUUGUUUUUUUCCUCAUGUAACAUUGGUGAAGGAUCCAGGAAUAUGACACAAAGGUGGAAUAAACAUUAAUUCUGUGCAUUCUUUGGUAAUUUUUUUGUUUUUUUGUAACUACAAAGCUUUGCUACAAAUUUAUGCAUUUCAUUCAAAUCAGUGAUCUAUGUUUGUGUGAUUUCCUAAACAUAAUUGUGGAUUAAAAAAAAUGUAACAUCAUAAUUACAUUCCUAAUUAGAAUUAGUAUGUCUGUUUUUGUAUCUUUAUGCUGUAUUUUAACACUUUGUAUUACUUAGGUUAUUUUGCUUUGGUUAAAAAAUGGCUCAAGUAGAAAAGCGGUCCCAUUCAUAUUAAGACAGUGUACAAAACUGUAAAUAAAAUGUGUACAGUGAAUUGUCUUUUAGACAA